AUGGUACUUUGUCAGGUUAUGAAAUUCUACAAGACCUUCUUGUGCGAUGCUUGCUGGGUAUGGACAAAUGGAUUUUACUACAACUGUGAAACAUGUUCAAAAGAUCUCUGCAAUGGAAGUGGUUUCAGCUUCUCUACAAGCGGAUUUAAAUGUGAUGAUUGCAAGUUCAAAAUAUCUCACAACAGUGCUCUACUCCCAGUGAUUGCGAUCAAUCGUUUCAUCUUUUCUGCAUUAAAGACUACUAUUCAAACGUCAAGUAUGGAGGUACCAUUGAAGUUAAUUGUCAUCCACACUCUCUGGCAUUUGUACGAAAGGCAAGGAAGAGGUUCUCGUAUUGCAGUUGUGGUCAUUCUUAUGUUAGAGUUAUCUUUGUUCAUACUGAUAUUGAUAUUGAGUGUCCCAUAUUCGAAUGUGGAGAGUGUAAUUAUACAUUGUGCUUAG